AUGGAGAUUGAAUACGACCUGGAAAGUGGGCUUGGAAUUUCGAUUUUUAAGCUGGUUAUUGGCCUUCUCGCCAUCUCUGGGAACCUGUUGAUUGUGUCGAUUUUUAUCAAAUUUCCGGCUUUUCGAAAGGUCCAAAGCAAUGUCCUCAUAUCGCUGCUAGCGGCGAGCAGUAUGGUGGUCGGUAAGAUUUGAGGAAAUUACGUUAAAAGUGGUCAUGUUUUGACGCGCGGAUUUUUUUUUGAAACUUUACGCUAGGGUUAGAGAUAAGAUCGUGGAUAUUGGGCCGUUUUCGGUCGAAAUCCUUGAAAAAUUUGUGUCGAAAAUGUCCACAACUUGACGAUCUUAUCUAUUAGAAUAUUUCUACAAAAAAUUAAAAUUUUUUCUUCUGAACUCGAGCUUCGAGAACUUUCUUGAUCAGCUGGACCUACAAAAAACUUAUACAAUGGGGGGCCUGAUCCAAUGGCAAAAAACGUGUCAUUUUGCAUCCGGGAAGUGUCAAAAAUGUGGCAAAAUGCCUCCCUCUCCAAGUGAAAAAAUUUCGUUUUGAAGGGCGCGCCCUUUUUCCCCACGAAAAGAGCGAGCGCGCUUCUGAAAUCUGAGUUUUUUUCACUUUGGAGAGGGAGGCAUUUUGCCACAUUUUUUGAUACUUCCCGGAUGCAAAAUGGCAUGUUCUUUGCGACUGGAUCGGGUCCCCCAAUGUAAUCCUUUGAGAAUACAAGCCUGAAGUUUGCAUUAACCCUUCAGCUCUACCCCUCUCGGACUUUCAUAAAAUAUUAUAAUUUCCAGGUUAUGGAAUAGUAAUCCGUGCCAUUCACACCAUCUUUUUCUACGAUCCCCAACAUUGUAAUCGAGCUGUUUGUCUCUACAUUGGCCAGCCCCAAGUGAUUGGGCUGAUCUUCGACCAGCUGCUUUUACUGGCCCUGGCGUUGGAUCGGUAUUCGGCGGUUCGUUGGCCUUGCUCCUACCUACAAAUCAAUAUAAAAUUUCGAGUAACUGUAAUCCUAAUAUUCUGCACACUGUUGAGUAUUUUCUUCUUUAUCUUGGCUGUUCAAGGGCUGACUGACGAGCCUUGCAAACAGUGCACGAUUGGCGCCACAACAACACAUUUGUAUCACGCGAUUUGGCUGGGGAUCGGGGCAUUGAAUGCGGUCUUGGUGAUCGGUAAGAUGGCUCAAAGUUGUGGCAAAUAACAGAGUUAAAAAAUGAAAAUUUUUGUAACAGUGAUGACUAAAAAUUUCAGGGCUCUACAUCAAGGCAGUGAAGCUAUUGAAUGCUCAGUUAAGCUCAAAAUGUGCAAAGCAUUUCCACACAAUUCGGGUUCAUCAGCACGCCUUCAUCUCCAUAUCACUCGUGGUCCUCUGUUACGUCCUGUUUUGGUGCAUUCCGGUCUUCUGUUCGAUUCUGGCUUAUGUAAGUUUUGAACGAAUCUUGCAAAAAUACGCGACAUUAUGAAUAAGUUUUGGGAACAGUUGAACUCCAGCGUAAGCGAAAAGCUAGCGUAAGCGAAAAUUUUAACAAAAAUGAUCCCUCGGGGCAAAAAAAUAAGCCAAAAUUUCCUCGAUCAAAAAUGGAUUGUACUCAGCUGCAGCUGACACGGGAAGCACCCCAAGUGCGACGCUCAGAUUUUGAUGAAAUCUGGCACAAAUUUAGAAUAAUCUUUUCUAGGAUAUAUGCGAGAAUCCUAGCUCGCUGUUUGCAGAAACAACCGAGAUUUUUAGAUUGAAAGUGGGCGAAAGCUUGACACUUUUUGUGAGUAUAAAUUUAGAGCAAAAUUGCAUUAUAAUUUGUCUCCCUUUUGACUUUUGUAGGCAGCUUCUUAACUUCAAUAUUUGCAAAGACAGGGCCAAUUUAAUUUAAUAUUUUUCUUCCUACCGUCUCCCUUCAUUCUCAACUGGAGUUUCCUCACGAAAAAUACAGUCCUAUACGGAAAAAAUUAGGUUUCUUCCGUUCUAAAUUUUCUUGUAGCAUGUCUUCCCCCAACUCUUGAAUUAUUUAGCAAAAUCUUUGGUCUCCAAAGACCGUUGCAAAACUAGGCCACAUUUCCGCAGCUCGACACAGUAUUUUGAGCUCUUAAUUUUUGGACUAACAUAAGUAGAUUACGCAUAAAAAAUUGAAAGUCUUUCAAAACAGCACGUUGAACAUUCCCUUUCGAAUUGACCCUCCGUUUUGCUCUCAGCACAUUUAUUCUUACAUUUUCAGCUCGGCGACGCCAGCGAAACCAUCCGAGGCUACAUGUCGAUAACAUUCGGGCUCGGCGAAGGCCUCAACUCCUCGUUAACUGUUGUGAUUUACCUCGUAAAGCACCGAGAAGUCAGACAGUGUGUUAAAAAGAUGUUGAACAUCCCGGACAAGGUUCAACCAACUUUCGACACUGGCAAUCGGAAAAGUCAGGUCUCAACGCAUUGA